ACGUUCCCCUUCUUUCUUCCACAAAACAUCUCCCAAAAAUGGCAGCCAAGCUACUAACAGUCCUUCUUGUUGUGGCCCUUUUCGGAGCUGCAGUGGCUCAGAACUGUGGGUGUGCCUCAGGCCUAUGUUGCAGUAAGUACGGGUACUGUGGCACCGGCAGUGACUACUGCGGUGACGGUUGCCAAUCGGGUCCUUGUGAUUCAAGUAGCGGCAGUGGUAGCUCGGUUUCUGAUAUUGUGACACAGUCAUUUUUCGAUGGGAUAAUUAAUCAAGCUGCUUCGAGUUGUGCUGGGAAGAAUUUCUACACCCGUGCAGCGUUUCUCAGUGCCUUGAAUUCGUAUUCUGGGUUCGGCAACGAUGGUUCUACCGAUGCUAAUAAGCGCGAGAUUGCAGCUUUCUUCGCUCAUGUCACACACGAGACUGGACACUUUUGUUAUAUUGAAGAAAUCAAUGGUGCCUCUCAUAACUACUGUGAUUCAAGCAAUACCCAAUAUCCAUGUGUGUCCGGUCAAAAUUACUACGGCCGUGGACCGCUUCAACUAACAUGGAACUACAACUAUGGCGCUGCUGGAAACAGCAUUGGAUUCAAUGGCUUGAGCAACCCUGGAAUUGUUGCAACUGACGUGGUUACUUCAUUCAAGACCGCAUUAUGGUUUUGGAUGAAUAAUGUUCACUCUGUCCUAAGCCAAGGUUUUGGUGCCACAAUUAAAGCCAUCAAUGGUGCCGUCGAAUGUAAUGGUGGAAACACAGCUGCCGUUAACGCCCGCGUUCAGUAUUACAAGGACUACUGCAGUCAGCUCGGGGUUUCACCUGGUGACAACCUCACUUGCUGAAAAGUCAUACGUAUACAAACUCCAAUUGAAUUAUACAUAUGAAGGGUAUACGUAAACUAUGGGAAGCAUAAAGAGUUAUGUGGUAUGAAACCCUUAGUAGGGCUUUUGCCAUAUAAUGCUCUGCAUGCAGUCUUUGAAGUAAAUUUGACACCAUGACAAAUGAUUUUUGUUGUAAGAUCAUAUUGUUGUAAUGUCCUUCCGUUGAUGAAUAAAAGUUAUAUUGUUUACUACUAUCAAAA